AUGCUCCUCAACGCCACCAUCCCUCUGUCGGUGGACUUUGACUCUCCGGAGGAUUUCAUCAUCUUCAUCUUCCACAUCCUGUUCGCCACCAGCUCUGCGCUCAUGGCCGGCUCGGUGGUCAUCGGCAUCUCCUCCACGCGCGCCCUGCGAGGUCAGAACCGGUUUAUCUUCAUGCUGAACACGAGCAUCAGUGACACUCUGACCGGCUUCUCUGUCUACUACCUCGGUCUCUUCGACGUCCAGGAGGGCUACCCCUCCAGGAACGGGACCUAUUAUAUUUUACCCUCCUUUUUAGGUGUUAAUGUGCUAACUUUUCUCUUUGCUCAGUUUGACAGAUACUUCGCUGUGUGCCAUCCUUUCUUCUAUAACCGCUACAUUACGAGGUCAGUGGUGAUUGGGAUCUGUGCGUUCUGCUGGAUUUACACAUACACGAUCCUCACAGUGCAGAACAUGGUGCCCAUCUCUAAAGCGGCUCAGAUCAAUGCGUUCGGCGUGAUGACUCUGCAGAUCAUAGUUCUUGUUAAAGUGUUGAUGACUAUUAAAUUAUACAUCAUAGCCAGGAGUCACCUGGUGAGAGAGGCGCCCACUGCUGAGAGAGACAACAAGAAGGAGUCUCUGCGCAUCAUUGUGUUUGUGGUGAUUUGUUUCUUGGCUCUGUGGAGUCCUUCUUUUGUCAAUAUUAUAGUCCGACAGCUGACCAGGAAAGGCCUGAGGUUCAGGAACGAGGCUACAAACCUGUUCGCCAUCAUGGCGCGUCUGAACGCACUGGUUACCCCGGGUCUGUAUAUUUGGGGCAGCCCGGCGCUGCGUCAGGCCGUGUGGAGGAGCGUGUGGAGGAGGGUGUGCUGCAGGACGAGGGCCAGGUGA